AGAUCCUGUGUAUGUUUCAUGCACAAAUGCAUGAAUGUUGAUGUAUAUUUUCGUUUCCGGCUUUAUCAAGUGUGUAGAAUCUAGACGCUACCGUGUUUUAACCUCCAAAUUGAAGAGUUCAAGUGCUACCAUUGGUCAAGAAUAAUGUAUUCGGAAUGGGCGUGACUUUAAUCUUCCGAUAGAUGGCGCAACAUUGUUUUCACAAAUGUUGGCUUAAUCUGCCAAGGGUGAAGAGAACGAAAGUGGAUCGUAACCCUUGGCUAGCGAAGAUGCAUUUUACUAACCGGACGCACACUUGUACAGUUGUUGAUAGUACGCUUAGCAUUUUACUAACCGGACGCACACUUGUACAGUUGUUGAUAGUACGCUUAGCAUUUUGCUAACUUGACACGAUUACAACCAUGAGUCAAAUGUUUCGAAGAUUUCAGAAAUGUCUAAUUUUAUUGCUCAUUGUGUGUUUUCUAGUUCUUCUGUUUUUAUUCGUCGGAUUUGAUCAUGUGGAAUUUGUUAAAAAUAUAUUGCGUGCGAAAUUUCAACAAUCUGUUCAGGUGUUCUCUGUGAAUAAUUCGGUAACAAUAGAAACUAAAGUAACAUUCGAAGGUGAUAAUGAGGAUAGUUUGUAUAAACUGUUGGACGAAUUAGAUGUGACAAUACGUAAAAAGUCACCGGAGAGUAAAAUAUACGGAAAUAUAUACAACGGAAAGGGAAAGAUACAGGUUGAAAGUUAUAUAUCUGCGAUCAAAGAAUUCAGUAAAAAGUUCCCAAUACGAACAAUUUGUGAGAUCGGAUUUGCAGGAGGACAUAGUGCAACACUGUUUCUACAUUCAACAGAUUCUGCUAGUUAUACAGCUUUUGAUAUGUGGGAUCGAGCCGAAUAUGAAGACUCGGCAAUUGACUGGAUACGGAAAAGAUUUAGUGACCGUAAAAUUUCGCUUGUGAAAGGUGACUCUACAAAAACCGUUCCCCAGUUUGCAGGAAAAUGUGAUCUGAUACAUGUAGACGGUGCCCACCAUGCUCACUUUCCAAAGACAGACAUGACAACCAUGGCAAGAGUCGCCUCUGUCAAUAACCUAUUGCUGUUAGAUGAUUGUUCUAAAUCUUGGCCGGCGGUGCUGAAAGGUGUUGACUAUUUAAAGAAUAACGAUUUAGUUCAUGAAAUUGAAAUGCAUGUUCCUGAAGGUUGGAUUUACAGAGGCGCCCAAAAGGGUUGGUGCAUUGGCAGUUAUAAAGUUAAAGCCCAGACUGUUAAUACCACUCCGGUAACUAACUUGCCGAAGAGUAUAACUUUUCUAGACAAAACAUUUUGUAAACCACCAUGGCAUGGAGAUACAUGCGCAGUGUACGACAACAAACAUUGCUCGCAAUGGAGUGACGAAUGUUUCUAUAGCAAUGUAACUGGUACUUUGUCAGUCUCUUGUGAACGAUGGCAUGGUGCUCAAAGCGUCGAACAGGUAACCUGGGAUCAGCGUGAAACUGCAACAGAUCGGAAUGAGGCUCAUGCUAAAUCGUUUAAUUUCUACCAAUCGUUACCAGACAAUUUAGGUGACAUCAUCGAGCUUGGCGCAGGUCCCUUUACCCAGUCACAGACGAUCCUUAAAGACAAGAAUGCAACCAGUAUAACGUUGGUAGAACCAAUGGCGUUUCAUUAUAUGACGCACGUAAAACGUUGCUUUUACAAAAACGGUACUUUUAUGAAUUUACCGACUACUUUAUUAUCUAUACCGGCCGAAGAACUUAAUAAUACCAGGAAAUUUGAUUCUCUUGUCAUGAUUAAUGUUAUUGAACAUGUUUAUGAUGCAUUAUCUAUUCUUAAUUCGGCUAUCAAUUUGAUAAAAGAAAAUGGACUAUUUAUUUGGCAUGAACGACUUUGGGAUAAUUACCGAGGUGUAGCUACCCCACCGGGUGAUGAUCGUGAAUUUCAGUUGCACCCAAUUCGUAUCAAAACCGUGAUUGCAAAACAUAUCAUGUCUAUGUUUGAAGAAGUGUAUGCUUCUUGGGACACCGAGGAGCUACGUCGACUGAAGAAUCAAGGUGUAUAUUUCAUUGGCCGCAGACGUAAUAUGGUGGCAAAAACCAUUAUCCCACAACAUCCUGCUUGCUUUGAGCAAAGUAAAGGCAAACAAACUGUAAUAUUUUUUGUUUCAAAUGUUAAUUCUACAUUUUUACAAAGUCAGCUUAUGAUGGUCAAUGAUUUUGACAAUACGAAAUCAAUAAUACUCAUACAAACUGACAAUUUUACCGCGAAAGCAACAGCAGCCAUUUUUAAAUUUAGUAAAAUCAGAAUAAUGAUCUCGCAUCAACAUUUGCAAAACUGGAGAAAGGAAGUAAGUUAUUAUGUUGAGCCAUGUAUGUUUAUUUAUCCUCAUCUGACUUCUGCUAUGCUAGUAGGAGCUGAUACACUUUGUGUGGGAAAUAGUGGUGUCACUAUUGUACUUAUGGGAUAUUCGACGAAAAGGUUCCCCAACUAUAACGAGAUCCUACCUGCAUACACCAAGUAUCAGAUGAUAGACCAAAUUUUAUUAUUAUGGAAUAAUAAAAACGCAUCAUUUACGCCAAAUAUUAAUUUACCGAAAAUUACUUUCAUUCAAUCGGAAGUUAACAGCAUGAAUAACCGUUUUAAUGUAUCUCAAUACAUACGUACUGAUGCUGUCAUGGUAAUCGAUGACGAUGUUCUUAUAAGUGAAGCAUUACUGUCGAUAAUGUUAUUACGAUGGAGUGAAAAUCCGGACAGAUUAGUGGGCAUCAGCAGAGAUAUGCGUUACGUCAAUUCAAUGAACGAAUACAUUGUUAGGGGUAAGAAUCCAUCUUUAACAAUUGGUAAAACAAUGUUGUUUCAUCGUAAAUAUUUAGUGAAAUAUAUGCAAGAUACGAAGCUCGUUGAUUGGAAUAGCAAAAGAUACUGUGAAGAUAUUUCAAUGAAUGCGUUGAUUUUUAAAGAAAUAAACUUGCGACCUUUAUUUGUACCGAUGUCUGCACUAGCUUCCCGUAAAGAUCUCUCGGAAGUAGAUGGAGCAUCUGUAGUUGACACAACAUGGGCGUUGAGGAGGACAGAAUGUGUACAAUGGGCAGCUCAAUAUUUCCAAAUAAAAUUAUAUUAAGUUCUCA